AGCAUCAACAAGUCUUAAUCUCUGAAGCCUUCUAUUUGGUUCAAGAAGGGUUAGCCUUAAGGUCGGAUUCCUUGAAGCUUCCUAGUGGACACUUAGUAACAUUUGCCUAUAUUCUGUGAAAAACAAAAGAAAUACAAAGGAAUCAUCCAAAAGUUCAAAAUGUCUGCCAAAAGGCAGAGUAAAGCCAAUGAUGAAUCUGAUUCCGGUGAUGAAUCCAUGGAUCUCGCCAUCCUGAGAAAGCCCAAAAGCAGCCAUGAUAACUCAAUGAGCUUGCAAUUUGAGAUCCCAGCAGCAGUACAGGCAGUCAUCAGUAAGAUUGAGGAAUCACAGUCGACUCGGGCCAAAGAGGAUGUUAUUUUUAAGCUGUCUGGAAUAAUGAACAACGUGCAGCUGAUAAUGACUCGGUAUAAUAUCGACAGUGCGUCCCUGGGCCAGAAGAGCUCCGUCUCAGAAGGCCAGAAGAAGAAGAGAAAGGAUUUCUUAGAAAAGAUUGCCAUGUGUGUGAAGAAUAGUGAAAUUAGAGAAAGGACUCUCUACAAGAUUCUAUCCUGGCUAGAAGAAUGGAAUUUUGUUCUGUCUGAGGUGGCUGCCAUUAAUAUGGAUGAGUAUCAUCACUGGAUUGCCAAGAUGGAGUUGAUGCCAGCAAUGCUGAAAGGGAUCAACAAUAAUGUCGAUUCUAUGAUCCAAAUGACCUUAUUCCUCAUCGAAGAAAAGAAGAGAAUGAAGAAAAAAACAUUGGCAAGAGGUACUCUCUGGAAAGCUUGGAAAGACCGGGCUAUCAAACGGCCUGCCACGGCCCAAGCUAUGAGAGCUGAUCAGAUGACUUUCGACCAGAUGGGCUUAAACACUAAGGUUUCAGAGAUCCAGAGCAUGCUGCAGGAGCUCAUCAACACAGCGAUGUUUAGCAAACUGGAGAACAACGCCAUUAAGUACAUAUCAGUAACACUGGGGAACCUCUCCAAGGCGCUGAGCACCGUCAACGAUGAGCUAAGACUGGUGAGCUCUCGAGUUGCCAAGUCGGUUCAGAAAGAAGAUCAAGUGGAAGAGAAAGAGUCAGACAACUCCAGGCAGGUCAUCCAAGAACUCAGUGAAGAGAACGAGAUGCUUCAGCAGAGACUUAGAGAAGCUGAAGAAAGAUGUGACCAACUUAUUCGCAUCAAAAAUUAUCUUGGGCGCCAGAUGACACACCCAGCCGCAUCUCUGAAGACGAACAUCAUACUGCCUCUACAGGUACCGUACAUCAGCAGAGUGGCCAGGGACAAUGAGAGUGAUGAAAAGACGGAUGACUCCCAGAAGAAGGGGGCCAAGAGCACUGCAGUGAUGUGGGACCCAUCUGCGAGUGAAGCGGAUCUGGAUGCAGGUAAGGAGCAGGCUGAAGACAUUGCUGAGACAACCCAGGACCAGAAAAAAAUCAAAGGCCUGCCACUGACAGACGAGACCUUGGACACAAAUCCAGAAAUGGAGGAAAAGAAAUCCAGGCAGCUUGCUAUUCUAAAAGCACUGGAAAAGGAGAAAGCAGGUAAACUGAAGGGCCAAAAAGGCAAAGAUGGACCAAGUGCCAUGUGGGAACGACUGAAGAAGGGCAAAUCUGAGCAGCUGAUUCAAGGCACCCCAGGCUCUCCAGAGAGUCGAGAGUCUACCCUUAAGUUAACAGACAAAGAGGCUAAGAGUGAAGUAGAUCUGCUUCAGCCUGAGGGUGCCCCAGAGCCACAAAAACCGGAAACAAGGUGGAAAAAACUCAUAGCAGCGAAAACUGAAGAAACAAAGCAGUCUGGUAAGUUACAAGCCAAGACCUCCAAGGCGACUUCACUAGCCCCCGAGGAAAGUGAGCAGAGCAGUCUAGAAUCAUUUCAAAGGGCCAUCCUGGCCUUCCUGAGAGAGAAGAUGAAUAACGUAGGAAAGGCUUUUGACCCAAAGAGUAUACACAAGGAGGAGUCGUCACUGGAAAAAGCAGAAGUUGAAAAAUUAAACAUCAUAAAGGCAAAAAUAGAGGAGUAUUUCCAAAAGGUGGCUGAGACUGUGACUAUAGCCUUGAGGACAUACAGAGAGGGAAGAAAGGUGCAACCUAAAGAGAAGCCCAAGAAGCAGCCAAAGGGAGUACUGGGCAUGCUACGGACGCCUCCUAGGCAGGCAGUGGGCGGCGGUGCCAAGUCUGAAGUUGGCAGAGUUCUCCUCAGUGAGAUCACAGACCCAGCGAUUAAGAAACUGGUAGAGAUGCUCUUAGAAGAGAUAGACAGUGACUUAAGAUACAAAAGGACAAAGGAGCAGCAACAGGAGGUGGUGGAGGUACAGAAGGAAGAGCCAAGAGAGAAGCCAAAGGACAAAACAAAGCUGCUGGAGGUGUGGAGACAAGCACUGCAGUCACUAGAGGUUCGCCAGGCUCAAGACCUGAGAGAUGCAGAAGACGGCGAAAGGCUGAAGUGGAUCGACUCAAGCUAUCAGGACCUGCGGAAAAUCAUUAGCCCAACCUCGAUGAGUUUAACUACCAGGUUGAUGAAGACCCCGAAACCGCAGAUAAGUCAGGCGCAGCUGCCUGGUGUAAUGGAGGCCGCCGUGGAAAAGCUGCCCAAACUGUCUCCCUCCUCUUCCACGGCCCCCUCAACUCAUGUCCCUGAGCAGACCCAGAUAAUCGGUCCUCAGACUUUGAGCGGUCCUCUUACGAGUGGAACUCCUCUAGAGAUAAAGACUGCUUUCACAGCAAGGCAGGAGCAAGAACCGGGCCCUAAGCUGAUAGUUCCUAAGAUUCCUAAGCCAACACAGAUUCCAAAAGGGCCUCUCAAAUCAGAAAAACCCAAGGCGAUGCAAAUCUCCCAAGAGCUAUCUGGAGUAACAACUCUACCCUUCCAGGAGGUCCAAGUCACAGAUAGCAUUCCCACAUCCCAGCAGGCCCUUGAACAAGAAAGCACUCCCAGUCCUGAGCAAGUCAAGGAGCCAAGGAUCACUCUCACCCCUCAGCAGACCCAGGCCCUAGGCAUCACUCUUACCCCUGAGCAAACUAAGACCCAGAAGAUCAGUCUGACCCAUGAGCAGGCUCAGGCCCUAGGGAUCACUCUCACUCCUGAGCAGUACAAAGAACAAAGAAUCAAUCUGACUCCUCAACAGGCCCAGGCUCUGGGGAUCACUCUCAACCUUCAGCAGGCCCAGGCCCUGGGGAUCACUCUCACCCCUGAGCAGGCCAAGGCACAGAGGGUCAGUCUAAACCUUCAACAGUCCCAGACCCAGGGAACCACUCUCACCACUCAGCAGGCUGAAGCACAAAGAACUAAUCUCACCUCUGAACAGGCCAAAGCCCUGGGGCUCUCUCUGACGCCUCCUCACCCAAUCACUUUCACUUCUGAGCAGGUCCAGGCACUGGGGAUCACUCCAACCCCUCAGCCGAUCACUCUCAGUCCUGAGCAGACCCAGGCUCUGGGGAUCACUCCAACCCCUCAGCCAAUCACUCUCAGCCCUGAGCAGGUCCAGGCCCUGGGUAUCACUCCGACCCCUCAGCCGAUCACUCUCAGCCCUGAGCAGACCCAGGCACUGGGGAUCACUCCGACCCCUCAGCCGAUCACUCUCAGUCCUGAGCAGACCCAGGCACUGGGUAUCACUCCGACCCCUCAGCCGAUCACUCUCAGCCCUGAGCAGACCCAGGCUCUGGGGAUCACUCCGACUCCUCAGCCGAUCACUCUCAGUCCUGAGCAGACCCAGGCACUGGGUAUCACUCCGACCCCUCAGUCCAGGCACUGGAUAUCACCCCGACCCCUCAGCCGAUCACUCUCACCCCUGAGCAGUCCCGGGCCCUGA